CUGCCGUGGAGGUCGUUGGAGUCACCGGAGGUGCCGCGCCAUGUUCUCCCGCCUCGCUCGUCCCGUCACCGGCCUGGCCCGCGGCCUCGCCACCACCGCCCAGAAUAAUGCUAAGGUGGCAGUGCUUGGGGCCUCUGGAGGGAUUGGGCAGCCCCUUUCCCUUCUCCUGAAGAACAGCCCGCUGGUGAGCAGGCUCAACCUCUACGAUAUCGCGCACACUCCGGGUGUUGCAGCUGACCUCAGUCACAUCGAGACAAGAGCACAAGUUAAAGGUUUCUUGGGGCCUGAGCAGUUGCCAGAGUGUUUGAAGGGCUGUAAUGUUGUAGUAAUUCCUGCAGGAGUGCCUAGAAAACCAGGUAUGACCCGUGAUGACCUGUUCAACACCAAUGCGAGCAUUGUUGCUAAUUUGACGUCUGCCUGUGCAAAGCACUGUCCAGAAGCCAUGAUCUGUAUUAUUUCUAACCCAGUAAAUUCAACCAUCCCCAUAACUUCAGAAAUCUUCAAGAAGCAUGGUGUGUAUAAUCCCAACAAAAUUUUUGGUGUUACAACGCUGGACAUUGUCAGAGCAAACACUUUUGUGGCUGAGCUAAAGGGUUUAGAUCCAGCUCGUGUAAGUGUCCCAGUUAUUGGUGGCCAUGCAGGGAAGACUAUCAUCCCUCUCAUCUCUCAGUGCACACCAAAAGUGGACUUUCCUCAGGAUCAGCUGCAAAAGCUCACAGGGAGAAUUCAAGAAGCUGGCACUGAAGUUGUCCAGGCUAAAGCAGGAGCAGGAUCUGCAACAUUGUCAAUGGCCUAUGCUGGUGCCCGAUUUGUAUUUUCUCUGGUGGAUGCGAUGAAUGGAAAGGAGGGGGUUAUUGAAUGUUCCUUUGUUCGAUCAGAAGAGACAGAGAGCCCAUACUUCUCUACACCUUUGCUGCUUGGGAAAAAUGGAAUUGAGAAGAACCUAGGUGUGGGCAAGAUCUCCCCCUUUGAAGAGAAGAUGAUUGCUGAGGCCAUGUCUGAGCUGAAGGCUUCUAUUAAGAAGGGAGAGGAAUUUGCAAAGAACUUCAAGUGAAGCAUUGAUGAUGGAGAGGAAUUGCAACUUCCUUAAUUUAUUAAGGCAUCAUGUCACUUUACGACUUCUGAUUCAAAGCUCAUGCUUUGGUUGAAGUCUGUCUGUAUUAGCUAAAUGAUUGUUGCCAGAUGCUACUCAUCAAUAAAACAACCUCAUUUUUUUCAGCCUAUCAACUGGAAUUGCUCUAAUGUGCUUAUCUCUGAAGGUGGAAGCUGCCCCUGUCUGGAAGGUUAUUUGUUUUGAUUGUAAUGAGAUACCAGCCUCUUAAAAGGGUGACCCAGUUAUUAGAUCUUGUAAAUAAGAAUUAUCCUGUGUCAUUCCUUCGCAGAAGGAUGAAGAUGAAGGGAAUUAAUUGCAUAGAUUGACAAUGAUGGGUAAGGAAGCCUGAAGUUAUAUUUGUUGAAGUAUGUUUAAAAGCAUGCAUUUCUUCCCCAAAUUGUGAGGUCUUUAAAGAUGAGGGGCUCCUCCAGCUUACAAAAUUCACUCAGAUCAGUCCGUGUGCUGGUUUCAGACGUUUUUUACUUUCACUGGUUUAUGAUAGUUGCAAAAUAAUCUGCCUUUUAAGUAAAGGUUGGCAUUUCAGACCUUUCUAAUGAGCUUCUAUCCCCAAAAAAAGCUAACUAUUGAAUGGAAGGAAGCAACACCAAAACUGCACUGCAAUAGCAGUUUGUAACUUUGAUGGUAUAUAUGGCCUUGCCUGCCUGGAAGCUCAGUUUUUCCACAGUUCCUCCCUACGUGGAGCUUUUCUGCCUUUUGUACUAGUUCAGGCUACUUGUUAGCAACUGAGAAACCAGAUGUGUUCAAACACAAUCAAGGCAGGCUGAAGAGCUCUGGGAGGAGGAAAAGCUCUUCCAGACAACUGACCCAGGAAGAAUGCUUGUAUUUUUUUUUUCAGGAGGUGGCAUUGCCGCUGUUUAUUGUUUUGCCUUAAUCUCUUUUGUAAUUUGACUUAAAAGUAUUAGGAAAAGGGCACCGCAGUUGAAAUGUCAGUUCUGUUCUAAGGAAAUAUUAAAAUGAUAAAGUGAUUUAUUUCUAGUUAGGAACAAAAGCCUUGAUUUAGCAUCUCGAUAGACUUCGGUUACAUUGAUCCUCAUGUGAGCAUAAAAAUAAAUGCAAGAAAAUGUUGAUGACAAGUUCACUUGCUGACUGACUUCUUUCAAGG